GCCAUCUAGUAACCGCUUUCGAAGUGGUAGAGACAAACAAGGUGCUAGUAAUGUCACUUAGGCUAUUUGAUAAAAGUUAGAUAUAUUCAUCCAAUUAAGUUGUCAAUUUAAUUCGUAAAAAACAAAUGCUGAUUAGCUAAACUGACGUCGUUUAUUUAACAGAACGGUAUUUUUAUAGGCUAGUAAGAUAUAGAAUGUCUACAGAAUUUUAAUUCAUUGCAGAUAAUUUUUAUGAAAAGCUGAACCAUUUUUAUCUCAUUUUAAAAAAUGCAGAAUUCAUCAGGAAGUUGUAUUUCAAUUUUAGAAAAUCAUUCAAAUAUUAAUGAGGGAAAUUUAAUGAUUGCAACAGAGAUUCCUCAAGCCAUUUACUAACAGAAGACAAUUAAAACCAAAUGCUAUACCAACCAAAUAAUUUAUAUUUUAAUGAGUAUCAGAAUAAGCUGAAACAUAAGCAAACUUCACCUUAUGAGAAGUUAUAAAAGAAAAUGAAGAAAAUAAUCAGAUUGAUACUGUAGUGCACAUUGAUGAUGAUGCUCAUGAUUCAAAAGAGAAAAAGAAGGGAUGGGGAAAAGCUAUGAAAAGAAAACGUAAUAUGUGGGAUGUGGGACCACCUAGACAACCUCUGACAGGCUAUGUUAGGUUUUUAAAUGAGAAUCGAGAAAGGAUUCGUGCUGAAAAUCCUAGAGCUUCAUUUCCUGAAAUAACAAAAAUUUUAGCUAAUGAAUGGAGUAAACUUCCAAGUUCUGAAAAACAGGGAUAUUUUGAAGAAGCAGAAAAAGACAAAGAAAGAUAUAUGAAAGAAUUAGAACAGUAUCAGCAGACUGAAGCUUAUAAAAUUUUCACUAAGAAACAACAAGAAAAGAAAAGGAAAGAUUUAGAAGAUAAUGAUGGGAAUGUGUUACUAAAUUCAUCUAAUACUGAGUGCAAUGGAGAAGAUUCUUUUAGAGAUGAUGUUCCUGGUUUUGACAUUCCAAUUUUCACUGAAGAAUUUUUGGAUCAUAACAAAGCUAGAGAGACUGAAUUACGUCAGUUACGCAAAUCGAACACAGAAUACGAAGAACAAAAUGCAAUACUGGGAAAACACAUUGAUAAUAUGAAGGGAGCCAUAGAAAAAUUAGAAGUGGAGACUAUACAACAGAGAAAUAAUAAUGCAGCCCUCCAGCAACAUUUGGAGAAUUUGAGAGCAACUCUAACUGCAAGUUUUGCAGCCAUUCCUCUACCAGGUAGUAACGAAACUCCGUCCAUAGAGUCGAUAGACUCCUAUAUGGCCAAAUUGCACAAUCUGAUUCUGGACAAUCCACAAGAAAAUGAAGUUCUUAUAUCUACAGUUCGUGAUAUUGUCAGCAGACUAGACUACCAAGGAUGAUGAGAAUUCAUGGCCAUUCAUAACUUAUUUAUCUUUGGUUCUGCCAUAAUUUGUAGAUGUUAAUCAAAGCCUCAUGUCAUGUCACGUCAUGUCAUAAUGUCUGUAUGUCAAACACUAAUUAAAAA